AUAUUUCAAAAAUAUUUUUAAAACGAAUGCAAUGUCUUAUUUAUCUUGUAAAAAAUACAAAUUUUCAUUUUGAGAAAAUAAUAAAAACAUAAAAAUUUUAUUUGUAGCUAUAUAAAAAUAAAUAAAUUGUUAGAUAAAAUUUGUUGUUAAAUCACUAUUAAUAGAAUAAUUAAAAUUUAAAACUGUUUAUUUGUGAAAAUGUCUUUGGAAAAUUUUGAUAAUUUAACUGAUGUUGAAUUACGUCAUAAAUUGCUAGAAUAUGACUUCCCGAAUGUUCCCAUAACAGAAACGAGUCGCGGUUUCCUUGUGAAAAAGCUUAAAAAUCAUAUUAAAAAUUUGAAAAAUCGAAAGGUGUCAAAACGAACAUACUUGACGGUGCGCGCCAAACAAGAGCUGGAUAAUUUGGUGGUUAUUCAAGCCCAUGACUGGAAUCACCAUAGCCUGCAUAAUAGCGCACUACUCGGCGAGGACGAUGCAGCAAAUGCUGUUCCGGAUCUGUAUGAUAUCGCAAAUACCGACACUCAAAUGACCGACCAAGUACCAUUUCUUUUACCGAAUCCUUUAGUAGACCAGAAUAUAAGGAAUAGCAUUCAAUUGGCAGAUUCACAGUUCAAUUUAGCUAACAACAGUCCAUGCGGAUACACCACUAUGCUUUGGAGACUUCUAGGCUUGCAAGAAAAUUAUACCAACAGCGUAUGGUGGGCCUUUACAUUAUUUUUCUUAGCCAUAACUUUUAUGUAUAUGGCGAAGAUUGCCGAUUUCUCAAAGUACAUCAAUGAAGGUAAUACUAACUAUGUAAUCUGUAAUAAAAUUAACCCAGCAAACCCGUUUUUGCGACCACCAUUCAUCUGUAUUGAGAAGGAACGUGUGGAACCAGCAUUAACAAUUGUGCGUCUGCUAAUGAUGCAACUAAGAAAACCAUCAGAACGGUUUUACUGUUACGAUACUAAACAAACGAAAGCUAUCAGUGUGACAGAAUUUAUUAGACAAGAGUACAAAGGGGAUAGUUCAGUGGAUAUUCGAAAUUUGAGAGCGGCUCAGUAUCUCAUAACUUGCAAUCCCCAGUGGAAGAUAGACAUGGUUGAUAAUAAAGGAGCGACAGUUAUUUUUAAUGGAGUUGACAAUAUACUAGCAAAUCAGAAUAUAUUUUUUGUACUGAAACAUCCUCAGAUGUCUUUGCCAUGUCAGCUAUACCAAAAAGCUCACCGAUUCAUAAAUCUCGGCGGAAAUCUAUCGCUCCUGUUGUGUGUAUUAAUAUUCCUUUGUUUUUCAUAUUACUAUGUCCGUCGCAUCCAAAAACAACAUCUACAGACUGUGCAAAGUUUCAUUGAAAAUAUUAUAGAGGAACUGCAGAAUCAUGCAGCAAAUAGCGAGAGUUCAGAAGGUCGCGAAGUUGAUGUGAACCAUUUAUGUGAUCAACUGAUGCCCUCCAGAAAACGAAAAUUUGAAAUGAGAUUUUUUAAUGAGGCUUUGAAGGUAUUGGAGUCUAGUGACAGUCGAGUGCAAUUUGACUGGAAGAUUCGUAAUGGUCAGAAAUGUCGCACCAUAUGUUGGGUUGAUUACAGCGACGAACUAAUAACAGGGCGUCCUGCUGGAUACACAGAGGGUUUAUUUAAGGCAGAAACUACAUGCUAAAGUUGGGUUUUCCAGAGUUUUUCUUUAUAAUAUUUUGCUAUGACUGGAUCAAAUAAAUUAUAAAUUAUAUAAUCGUUCUGCUAACUGUGCGUUGCUACAAAGUAAAUAAUGAA